UCAUUGGUUACAACCCAAACGGCGCUGUGCACAUUGUAUUGUCAUUGGUUUAUUUAGUUGACAAUUUAGCAACUCCAGUUGGUUUGCGUCAGGUGAAAAUCGUCCAGGACUCCAGGCAGAAAAGUUUUCUCGUUCAGGCGUUGUACGUUUCCCCAACUUGUUUAAUUGCACACAUUUACUUAUAGGAUUUACAGGAAGCUCUUAAACCUCACCAGUUAAACCGCAACAAUGAAGAGUCUCAAGUACCGACUGAAAAAGCACGAAGUUACGCUCACAAACACCGACUGGAACAAGUAUGACGACCGGCUGAUGAAGGCGGUGGAGCGGGGCGAGGUAGACAAGGUGGCCACUGUGCUCAGCAAGAAGGGCAUCAUCCCCACCAAGCUGGAUGUGGAGGGAAGAUCAGCGUUCCACCUGUCUGCAACCAGGGGCAACCUGGACUGCCUCAGUCUCAUCCUGGGCCACAGCGUUGACGUCACGGCCACCGAUGCCACUGGUAAAAAUGCCCUUCAUCUAGCUGCCAGAAAUGGCCAAUCGCUUUGUGUGCAGAAGCUAUUACAGCACAACUGUCCUGUGGGGAACGUGGACCUGCAGGGGAGGACCGCCUUGCACGACGCUGUUAUGGCCGGCUGCUCCUCCAGUGUGAAACUGCUGUGUGACAGCGGAGCCUCGGUAAACGCUGCCGAUUUUGAUGGCCGGACUCCUCUGGUGCUGGCCACCCAGAUGUGCCAUCCACACAUCUGUCAGCUGCUGCUCGAGCGAGGGGCUGACAUCACCGUCUGUGACAAACAGAACAAGACUGCUCUGAUCCUUGGCUGUGAGUAUUCCUGUAAGGAUGCAGUAGAGGUCCUCCUGAAGAGUGGUGCUGACGUGUCAGUCAUGGACAGCCUUGGUCAUGAUAGUUACCACUACGCCCGCCUCAGCAAAAACCAGGAGCUGGUCACUCUGGUCAAGACCUACCUCGACCAAGUUACCAAAGCAAAAGAAGCUGCCAAGCUAGAGAUGAGAAAGAGACAGCAUUCGGUGGAGAUGAACGAGCAGGCAGAAGCAAACCUGAGGGACCUGGGAAGGCAGAACGAGAGCCAGCAGGAGACUCUGAGGAAGUUCCAGCUGGAGCACAGGGCUCUGUUGGACAAGGUCAACAGCCUUCAGAAACAGCUCAGUCAGGAAAAGCAUACUGUGGAAGAUGUCCAUAAAGAGAGAGAUCAACUGAAGCUCCUCCUCAGUGCCAAGGAACGGGAGGAGGGUGCACGGGGCCCCGAGACCGUCAAAGUUCAGCUCAGGAGCCACAUGGGGGACUACUCUGGCCAGUCGGUUAUCAAAGGAAAAGACAACAUCCUUGUCAAAUCGUCUCAAAGCCAGGAUUCGGAACAGGUGCUCCAGUCCCCUGUGCUGUCGCCUUCCGGGUUUCGUCCCGCCGUGAGUUGGGAACCUACGGGCGAGGUGGAGGUCCUGCGGCACGAGCUGGAGGCAACGAGGAGGCAGCAGCAGACGGCGGAGGAGGAGGUUUGCUGCUUGCGUGCAGCACUGGCCCGCAAAACCCAGGAGUGCCAGGAGCUGGCCCAGACCCGGGAGACCAUGCAGCGGCAGGCGGACCGGCAGGUCCAGGACCUGGAGGAAGCCCUGGGAGACGUCCAGAAGAGGAUGCUGGACUCCGAAGCCAAGGUCCGGCAGCUCCAGGCCCACGUGGUGGCUGUCAAAGAGCACCUUGGAGGCCAGGCGGCCGACGAGCUCCGUGCCCAACUCCACGACGUCAAAGCCAAGUACGAGGGCGCCUCGGCCGAAGUGGGGCGCGUGCGCAACCACCUGAAGCAGAGUGAGAAGGCCCUGGAAGAGUACAAGAGCAGCGAGGGUCGGCUGGCGGCCGAGGCGGAGCGGCUGGGCCAGGAGCUGAACGCCCUGCGGGAGGAACGGGACGAGCUGGCUGAGGCCCUACUGGGGAUGGAGGCCCUCGUCAAGGAGACCCAGGCGCGGCAGGGGGAGAAGGUUGUGCCGGCCGAGAAGUUUGACAACAUGAAGAAUCUUCUGAGCAACGCUGUGGACGAGAAGGAGCGUCAGCUGGCCGAGCUGCGGGAGGAUUACGAUCGGGUGCUGGAGGAGGUGGCUGAGCUACACCGGGAGAUAGACAACAGGCCCGCCCCCGACAUGGCUGUCUCUGUGCAGGAGCAUGAGAGGAUGAGGGCGACCCUGGAGGAGAAGAGUGCCUCCCUGAAGAGGAGGCUGGCGGACGUGACGGCCAAGAGCCAGGUGCUGAUCCACCAGGUAGAGGCGGGCGAGGAGGAGCGGGAGGUACUCCAGGAGCAGCUGGAGGAGCUCAGAAGCAGGGUGGAGACCAACUUUGUUCCCCUCGAGGCCCACGAGGAGGCCAAGAGUGCCCUGGAGCGAGCAGUCAAAGAUUUGGAGGAGCGGCUGGUGGAGGCCACAGAGAGGAGCGGCCAGGCUGAGGCCCAGGUCAAGAGGCUGCAGACGGAGAGGGUCAGCCUGUGUGAGAGUGUUAGCAGCCUACAGCGCAGUACGGUGCCCUCUGAGAAGUUCCAGAGCCAAGUGGGCGCCCUGAAUGCUCGCAACGGUGAGCUGGAGAAAGAACUGGAGGUGCUCCAGAAGAGGUUUGAGGAGCAAGAGAAGGAGUUGGGCCAGGUUGUUGCCGAGAGCCAGUCUCUGAAACAGAGGCUUAAUAGAGAGUAUGUGCCUAAAGAGCAACAUGAGCGAGUGGCUGCUGCUUUAGAGGUGGCCAAGGGUGAGAUCUCCAACCUGGAGAAGAAGGGCAGAGAAAGUGAGGAAACGUUACAGAAGGUGAAGGAUGGAAAUGUUGAGUUGAAAGAAAAGCUUGAGAAUGUCCAGUUGAUGAUAGAAAAUGACUAUGUAUGCCUUAUUGACCAUGAAGCCUUGAGGGUCCAGUUGAGCAAUGCUGUUAUUGAAGUGGAGAAUCGGGCAAAGGAGGCCUUGGCAAACUACCAGUCUGCCCAAGAAGACAAUGUGAAGCUUCACCAAGAAAUGGAGGCCCAGAAGAAAGAACUAGACACCAUACAGGAAGCAAUCCGGUGUAAGUUUGUCCCGUUGACCAGAAUGGAAGAGCUGGAGAACUCUUACAAGGCCAAGCUGAAGGACUUGACAGAAAAUAUGUUGGUGGUGCAAGAGAAGUACAACCAGGGGAAGUCAGAGGGAGAAUGUCACAUGCAGGAGAAAGAAAAACUUAAAGUGGAACUGGAGUCUGUGCAGCAGAGACUACAGACUGGUUUUGUUGACAGUGAAAAGCACAAGGAGGUGGAGAAUGAAUACAGAGGUAAAAUGGAAGCGCUGACCCUGAAGUUGUUUGACCUGGAGCAGCAGUACAAAGAGGUGACCGUGCAGAGGGCAGAGCUGGAGGAGCAGAAUGCCACGUGCAACACGGAAAUCCGGAGUCUGAACCAGCGCCUGGAAUCUGAGUCGGCCCGGCUAGAACGGUAUGAGAGCGAGCAUCAAGCCCUGAGGGACACCAUCCGCCAAGCCCAGAACGAUUGUGAGAAAGCCAGGGAGGCCCAGCGUGCCGAGGCUCAAAGGGUCUCUGCCUUGGAGAAAGAGCUCCAGGGACGUUCUGGGGACCACGCCGUCCUUCUCCAGCAGCACGCCCAGGCCAAAGAAGCCCUGGAAAGGCAGGUGACCCAGCUUCUUGUGUCCCUGCGCCAGCAGCAGGAGAUUAGUGCCCAGCAGGCUGAGGACAUGGCGGCCCUGCAGUCAGCGCUCCUUCAGGCCAACCAGGCUCUGCAGGACUUCAGGGGAACAGAGAACCAGCUGGGCCAGCUGAAGGCUGAGAAGCAGCGUCUGGAGGAGGAGGCUGCUGGGCUUGGUGAGAGGCUGUCUGCGUUGGCGGAGCAAUGCAAGGUCCUCCACUGCGAGGCGGCUCAGGCCAGGGAGGACGAGGGUAGGGCCAGGUUCGAGACGGAGACCCUGCAGGAGAAGAGCGACGCCAUUGAGAGGGAGAUCUGUGAGCUUAAGGAGAGGUAUGAGGACUCCCUAAACACCAUCGGGGACCUGCAGAGGAGGAUCCAAAUGUCUGCCGAGCAGACAGAGGUCAAAGACAAGAAGAUUAGCGAGCUGUUGACUGACGUGGAGAGACUGAAGCAGGCCCUGAAUGGCCUGUCCCAGCUGGCAUACGCUGGCAACGCUGCGCCAAACAAGAGACAGACGCAACACAUCGACACACUCCAGGCCCAGAUUAAGAGCCUGCAGCAGCAGCUGGCUGAUGCUGAGAGGCAACACAGAGAAGUGGUUUCAAUUUAUAGAACUCAUCUCCUCUCUGCAGCACAGGGCCACAUGGAUGAAGACGUCCAAGCCGCUCUUCUGCAGAUCAUCCGCAUGAGGCAGGAGUUUGUCUGCUAGAAGCCCCCCCCCCCCCCCGGGCAACC